AUAACCAGCAUCCGGCGUUUGCCUUGUUCCCUCCUUGCUGCUGCUCGCUGGGUCCCACGACAGUUUUAUCCGGAGUGGAGGUUAUUCGAUGGCCGCGGUGGGAGAGACGGCGCGGCUGUCACAAUGGUGUCUUUUUGUCUUUUCACCCGUUCAUGUUUUCCAUCUUAG